AUGGAAAAGCUGCGGCCUGUAGCGGCACUGGGUGCUGCCUUCGGGUCCAAGGCAUCGGGAGAGCAGGCGGGCAUGAGCAGCAGCGUCCCGCAGGCAGCACCGGCAGAGGGCUUGCCACCGGGCAUGCAGGAGCUUACCUUGGAGCAGCGGGAGCAGCAGCGGCAGCGGCAUCAGCCGAUACCCCCCGAGCAGCAGAUCUUUGAGGGCCGAGUGGUGGAGGGCGAGGGGCGCUCUGGCGGCCAUGUGAUCACGGCGGUGUCGGGGUCUGGCGCCGGCAAGCAGUCCUUCAAUUUUGCAACGGACCGCGUCGUCGGCAACGGGUCCUUUGGGGUCGUUUUCCAGGCAACCUGCCUGGAGACGGCGGAGACGGUGGCUAUCAAGAAGGUGCUGCAGGACAAGCGAUUCAAGAAUCGGGAGCUGCAGAUCAUGAAGGUGGUGGACCACCCCAACAUUGUGAAGCUCAAGCAGUGCUUCUACUCGCAGACAGAGAAGGACGAGACCUUCCUGCACCUGGUGCUGGAGUACGUGCCCGACACGGUCUACAGGAUCAGCAAGUCGUACAGCAAGAACAACCAGCGGAUGCCGCCGAUCUUUGUGAAGCUGUACACCUACCAGAUCUGCCGCGCCCUGGGCCACAUCCACCGGUACGGCAUCUGCCACCGGGACAUCAAGCCGCAGAACCUGCUGGUCAACACGGAGACGCACCAGCUCAAGCUCUGUGACUUUGGUAGCGCCAAAGUGCUGGUCAAAGGGGAGCCCAACAUCAGUUACAUCUGCAGCCGCUACUACCGCGCCCCCGAGCUCAUCUUUGGCGCCACCGACUACAGCAGCGCGAUUGACGUGUGGAGCGUGGGCUGCGUGAUGGCGGAGCUGCUGCUGGGGAGCCCCAUAUUUCCGGGGGAGAGCGGGGUGGACCAGCUGGUGGAGAUCAUCAAGUACGCCCCCGACCGCCGCUUCGCCGCGCACGAGGCGAUGUGCCACCCCUUCUUCGACGAGCUGCGGGACCCGGCCGCGCGGCUGCCCAACGGCAAGGCGCUGCCGCCGCUGUUUGACUGGCUGCCCGGGGAGCUGGACGGCCUGCCGGCGGAGAUGGCGGCGCGGCUGCAGCAGAGGAGCGCCUGA